GCGAGCGAGCGAGCGGCGGCGGCCCGGGCGCGGGGCCACCCCCAGGCCGAGCGGGCGGGACGCGCCGGCAGCCGCGCUCCGAAGCAGCCCCCGCGCCCGCCAUGGAGAAGGCGCGGCCGCUGUGGGCCAACUCGCUGCAGUUCGUCUUCGCCUGCAUCUCGUACGCCGUGGGCCUGGGCAACGUGUGGCGCUUCCCCUACCUGUGCCAGAUGUACGGCGGAGGCAGCUUCCUGGUGCCCUACAUCAUCAUGCUUUUUGUAGAGGGCAUGCCUCUGCUGUACCUGGAACUGGCGGUGGGGCAGCGCAUGCGGCAGGGCAGCAUCGGUGCCUGGAGGACCAUCAGCCCCUACCUUAGUGGUGUUGGCCUCGCCAGCGUGGUGGCGUCCUUCUUCCUCGCCACCUACUACAACAUCAUCAACGCCUGGGCCUUCUGGUACCUCUUCCACUCCUUCCAGGAUCCCCUGCCGUGGUCCGUGUGCCCGCUGAACCACAACCGCACGGGCUACGACGAGGAGUGUGAGAAGGCGUCCUCCACGCAGUACUUCUGGUACAGGAAGACCCUCAACAUCUCCCCGUCCAUCCAGGACAGCGGGCGCGUGCAGUGGGAGCCGGCGCUCUGCCUCGUGCUGGCCUGGCUUGUCGUGUACUUGUGCAUCCUGCGGGGCACCGAGUCCACCGGCAAGGUGGUGUACUUCACCGCGUCGCUGCCUUACUGCGUGCUCCUCAUCUACCUGGUCAGGGGCCUCACGCUCCAUGGAGCCACCAACGGCCUGGCCUACAUGUUCACCCCCAAGUUGGAGCAGCUGGCCAACCCCAAGGCCUGGAUCAACGCGGCCACCCAGAUCUUCUUCUCCCUGGGCCUGGGCUUCGGCAGCCUGAUCGCCUUUGCCAGCUACAACCAGCCGUCCAACAACUGCCAGAAGCACGCCAUCAUCGUGUCCCUCAUCAACAGCUCCACCUCCAUCUUCGCCAGCAUCGUGACCUUCUCCAUCUAUGGCUUCAAAGCCACCUUCAACUACGAGAGCUGCCUGGACAAGGUGAUUCUGCUGCUGACCAAUUCUUUUGACCUUGAAGAUGGCUUUUUGACACCCAGCAACCUGGAGCAGGUGAAGAGCUACCUGGCGUCCGCCUUCCCCAGCAAAUACAGCGAGGUGCUCCCACAAAUUAAAAACUGCAGCUUGCAAUCAGAGCUGGCCACGGCAGUCCAGGGCACUGGCCUGUCUUUUAUCGUCUACACUGAGGCCAUUAAAAACAUGGAGGUGUCGCAGCUAUGGUCGGUGCUCUACUUCUUGAUGCUGCUGAUGCUGGGCAUUGGGAGCAUGCUGGGGAACACGGCGGCCAUCCUCACGCCUCUGACCGACAGCAAGGUCAUCUCCCGUCACCUGCCCAAGGAGGCCAUCUCCGGUCUGGUGUGCCUCGUCAACUGUGUCAUCGGCUUGGUGUUCACCAUGGAGGCCGGCAACUACUGGUUCGACAUAUUCAAUGACUACGCUGCCACACUGUCCCUGCUGCUCAUCGUCCUGGUGGAGACCAUCGCUGUGUGCUACGUGUACGGACUGAGAAGAUUUGAAAGUGACCUCAAGGCCAUGACUGGCCGCACUCUGAACUGGUACUGGAAGGUCAUCUGGGCCGGCGUCAGCCCCCUGCUCAUCAUCAGCCUCUUUGUCUUCUACCUGACUGACUACAUCCUCACGGGGACCCUGAAGUACCAAGCCUGGGACGCCUCCCAGGGUCAGCUCGUGACCAAGGAUUACCCCCCCUACGCACUGGCCGUCAUUGGACUGCUGGUGGCCUCCUCCACCAUGUGCAUCCCCCUGGUGGCCCUGGGGACUUUCAUCAUGCGCUGCUUCAAGAGGAAGGGAGACACGCCCCCCGUGGCCUGAGGACGGGCUUCCCGGAGACCGAGCUCACUGUUCUGCGGCUACGAUUUACAGGUGGAAUCUCCUCGGCUGCUUUUGCAGUUAUUUACUCCAGAAAUACUCAGCCCGUCGUCCCCGAGUCCACCAAGAAGAACCGCGGAAUAAGGGUCCCUGGGACCCACACUCCACCUGCAGAGCAGCCCCUGGUCCCCUCUGCCUCCCCCCGGGUCGCACUGUGCUGCCUCCUUGUCACCAAAGACGCAGGCUCUUCAAGGCCAGUCUUGAAGACAAUUGCUUCCUUGAUUCUAGGGAAGUCCUAGAACUCAGACACACUGUGAGCUUAAAUCUGACCAUAAUUUUUGCAGAAUAAAACUUAAAGCGAUUUUUUUCUUUUGGAAAAAUUCCAAAAUAUCAGAGGGCAAUUGUUUUUUUGUUUUUUAAAAGAUUUUAUUUAUUUAUUCAUGAGAGACAGAGAGAGAGAGGCAGAGACACAGGUAGAGGGAGAAGCAGGCUCCUUGGGGGUUGUCUGAUGCAGGACUUGAUCCCUGGACCCUGGGAUCACAGACCUGAGCCAAAGGCAGAUGCUCAACCACGGAGCCACCCAGGUGCGAGGGCAAUUGUUUUUCAGAUCAGUUUGAAAAGAGGGUUUUUUUGUUUGUUUUUAAAGCACCUGAGAGGACAGAUCUGAACAUCACUCGUGCAAAAUCAGGUCUUUUUUUUUUUUUUUUGAGUCAUGGUGAAUAUGCAAUUGCUGUGUUCUUCACACUCACAGGACUGGCUGACCUGGCAGAGGGGAGGCCUUUGUUGGGAUCCAUAAAAAGGGGGUCACUUCCGUGAUCUGAGGUCUCUCACACUGGGUCCAGGACCAGUCUUCCCAACUACAGUUCACAACCCCAAACCACCUGAGCAGUCUGUGCAGACGGCCCCUACCCCGGGGGGUUACACAUCGGAAAAGGUGCCAGAGCCACCUGGAGGGUGAAAGCAAAUCUAACUUGCCCAUAGACGAUGUGAUAUUUGGACAUGGUGCCCGACUCUUUAUAUAGCAAAGACCAUGAACAUCACUUACGAUCAAUUUUAAAUUAUUUGUACAUAAGUUUCCUAAAGUGUAUAUAACUCUAACAGAACAUCCUGGAACUGAAGACACUAUAUUUAUGAUACAGCAUCAGUCCACUGUGCCAACGUCUCCUGUCUUUUUUAACGGCAAUAAGUAGAUCAAGGUCAUCCCUAAGUGGAGAGGGCACCUUCCUGCCCUAACAUUCUGGCUUCACCGGCAUACAGAAUUCAGGGAAGUUUCUCUGGGUAGAUUCGUACAAACAUUUUUGAAGACAAACGCUCACAAAGGACAUCAGCUGGAGGUUUUGGUUUUGGUUUUUUAACUUUUUUCAUGCUAUAAAUGUCCUAUAUAAUGAAAACAGGCAUUAGGAAGGUCUUCUGCUAUCUUUUACAGCCAUCUUAUCAAUACUUCCUAGCUUCACCUCAUGGCCAGUUACAUUAAAAAAAAAAAAAUCAAAUCACUUGCCUUUGAAAUGCGUGCUCCAGCAUUUACUAACCACUAAUACUCGGGUCCUCUGAUUCCCCAUCAGAGGGUUUAGCGUAGAAAAACCUUACAUAUCAGGACUGAGACUGUGGGCACACUCAAUGUCAAAUACUGUUGUAUUGGCACACAGUUUCUGAAUCCUUACAGAGAGGGACCCCCCCCCCCUCACCCUGGCACGGUCACAGUCUGACGACAUGGGCCACCGCUCCCAGGGCCAGUCACCAGCAGGGUGUUUCAGAUCCACAUGCCGAGUAUCCUGAGGACCACGGAGACCAACGUUGUCCUAAAUCAUUGCUUUAUUCAGUGACUGGAUGUCCGCGUUACUAUACCUGGCCGCCUGUUCAAACCACCUGCGUGCGAGCACUUACAUUUGGUUCAGUUUUAUUCUGGUUUCUGUGAACUUCACGAAGAGCAGAACAUUUCUCAGUAAUCCGCUUGAACCAGGAGUAAGUCCUGUCUCAAAAAAUUCUUGGUUGACCAUUUCCCAGGUGCCGCACAAAAUUGGUCACCUGGUGUUUGUCUAUCCUCCACCAGGAGGGCUUGGGGGUGGGGUGGGGGGACAAGGGGACGUUUCAUCCCUGUCCACGUAACAGUCACCAUGAUGCCACGGCCAGAUCGUGGACUCCAGGGAGCUUUCUAUUAGUGCUCGAGACAUAAUGGCCCUUGACUUAGCUCUAAGAAAUCUGGGAGAGAAAUAUCAGGGUUUUUAGCAAUUAUCCUCAUAAAUAAAAUCCUAAACAACUGUAUCUAUAGGUUGUGGGCCAGGUACUGGCUGCAGUUUUAAGAGCUCUUUCUUCAUACAAGAUUUUCCUUCAUUAUGUAAAAAGACAAGCUGAUUCCGAAAACACAGCAAAUAAAGGAGACUCCACCCGGCAU